GACUUCAGGUCUGCAUCACAGUUACUCUCUCAGACAGUCAGCGCUAACUUCAGGAGCAGAGAAAUAUCUCCCGGGUUAUAUGGAUCCAGGGAAUAUUAAAGAAGAACCCAAACCCAAGAAGCUGGUAAAGAGCUUGACCCAUCCUCCUACACUGUCCAUGGUGGUUGAGGUCCUGAAGAAGAGUUAGAGAGGAAAGGGACAUCAGUGCAGGCCAUACGAGCUCAGAUCCUGGCUUCACAUCCCACUGUAGACCCUCUGAGGCUGAAGACCCUACUGAAGUCUGCUUUGAAGAAGGGAAUUGAAAGGGGGAUUAUCAUCCGGCCAGCGAAGCCCAAUGCCACUGGAGCCACAGGACGCUUCAUACUGGUGAAACCAAAAUCCAAGCCAAAGGAGGGAAGAGAUGUUAACAUGUCUAAGAAUGUGGAUUCCAACGCAGAACUUAACGAGAAAAGCAGAAAUCCCCCAAGGAAUGCAAAGUCUGCAUAUAAAGCUGGCGAAACCAAAAUCCAAGCCAAAGGAGGGAAGAGAUGUUAACAUGUCAGAAUGUAGAUCCCAACGCAGAACUUAACGAGAAACGCAGGAAUCCCCCAAGGAAUGCAAAGUCUGCAUAUAAAGAGAACAGUCAAGAAGAGCCCAAACCUAAGAAGCUGGUAAAGAGCUUGGCUCAUCCCCCUACACUGUCCAUGGUGGUUGAGGUCCUGAAGAAGAGUACAGAGAAGAAGGGGACAUCAGUGCAGGCCAUACGAGCUCAGAUCCUGGCUGCACAUCCCACUUUAGAUCCUCUGAGGCUGAAGACCCUACUGAAGUCUGCUUUGAAGAAGGGAAUUGAGAGGGGAAUUUUCAUCCGACCAGCCAAGUCCAAUGCCACCGGAGCCACAGGUCGCUUCAUACUGACGAAAGCAGGAUCCAAGCUACAGGAUGGGAGUAAUGGUAAAAUACCUAAGAGGGAACCAGAGAAUCCUCCAAGGAAAGCAAAGGCGACAAAAAAGAGACAAACGUAGAGCAGAUAAACGGAAAUAAUGGGCACGUUUGUCAGGGGUCGUAAUGUUACACUCGCUGGUGAACAUGUCUUUACACACAUCUCCCAUUUUGUGGCCUAUUGCUCCACAAAAUGGCUGCCAGUAACUUUUACAUGUCAGUUGCUGACAAUCAGGGGAUAUGUAGUACAACAGUUUUUGUUUCUGAAGCUUCUUCAUACAUACAUCGAAGACUUGCAACAAAACUUUGGUGCCCACAAAAUAUUCCCUUCACACCCCAUUACUUUAUGUUGGAACACUGGCUAGUCUAGAUUUACAGAAUAUUGCUUCUGUACUGUCUCAAUGUGACGUUAGUUGGUUCUAAUGCAAUGUUGCCAAAUUUUUAGGUUUUUAACGCUCUCGCAAAAUGUUUUCA